AUGGUGGCAGCGAAUGAAACAUCUGUUCAAAACAAUAUUGAACAAAAUUCUUCAUCAAAUAGUAAUACAUUAAAUCAAUCAUUUUAUUUUCCAUCAUCAUUUGAUUUUAAUAGCUCAUCAAAUCCUAGUCAGUAUCAUACAACUGAUAAUAAUAAUUAUGAUUAUCAAUUAUUACCUGACGUUUCGUCAUCUUACUUGAUCGAUCCAUAUUUUCAUAUGUUUAUAGAUAAUUAUCCAAUUGAUCCAUAUACAACUCAAACAACAUAUAAUUCAACAUCAAUGGAUUAUUCAUCGUCGACAUAUAUUUCAACAACAACACCACCAACAACAACAGAUUCACAUCAACAUCUUCGUCCCAUGUAUACGAGUACAAAUGUGUGGGUGUGGGUGGGUGGGUAUGGAUGUGGAUGGGGUGUGGGUGGGUGG